AUGUCCUUUCCUGCUCGCUCUACUUCGCCGCGUGCCCGGCGGGCAUUGCACGAGCGUAGCCCGUCUCACACAAAUGAAAGGUCCCCAACCCGGUCAUUGCGCAUUGUGGCCGAUGAAGAGGUUGAUAUGUAUACCGCAACGCCAUUCCCGACCAAACCCGAGCAGAUCUUGUUGCCCAUGCCCGGCAGACAGCAGCAGUAUAUCUCAGACACAGGUUUCAGCUAUUCAGAUCACCAGCUAGGCCCGUCCACGUCAACGUAUUCUUCACCGACCUUCAGCUCGGCAGCCCCAAACAGUCCACGAGAUCACUCAAUUGGCGAGAGCUGGGAUGUAUCGUCCACCGUGGAUACCGGCCACUCGCCGCCGCAGAUGUGGGAUGACGAUCCGUCAUCCAGCAAGUCCUCGCUGCCAGAGAUCGGAUCUGGCAAGGCGAGAGAUGAUCAAUUCGAUAGUUCGGAACCCGAGUUUUCAGACGACGAAAUGAUCGUCUUGCCAACGGCCACACCAACUAUCAAAGCCGUGCUAUCCGAGCCACCCACGUCGCCAAAGUCAUCUGUAGGCUCAGAUUCAGUGGCAGGCUACUCCAGCCCGAAUCUCGAACAAAUUGGUGCCCCAUCAAGUCCUAAUUUUGUAAUGCUGGAUAAUUCGAGCAUGAACUUCCGUCCUGCAACGGCAUCUUCCGAGUCAGACCCCCGAACGAAUUCGCUUUCGUCGUAUCACUCGCGAGGAACUGUUGUCAGACACGCCGGCGCUGCACCCUGGUUCCAGAACGCUUUCCAACCAGCCUCCUCUGACCAGUCUGGAAGCUACCAGUCCUCACCUUUCCAUUCCAGCCCACCUGCUCAAUCCAUCGCCUCAUUUCAAUCGUCUUCUAGACAUCCAUCAGGCAGCCAUUCACGAUCCGCGACUUCUUCCUCACGCAGCCUCCGCUCUGUUUCUGACUUGCAGGCAGCCAUCGACAGUGGUGUGCCUAUCCAGUACCCCCGCAUUCGCGCACCAUCGUCCUCCAGCUCCCGCGCCGGCACUUCAGUUACCCCAGAGCGCGAUUUCACCCCAGGCCCCGCCUCAGGUCGCUGCAACCCCGUCCUAGCAUCCGGCCGUUGGAACCCACAUCUAUCAACCGUGCCAUCCAUCUGGUCUUCCGACGACCUGAGCAAUCUCGCCGCACACGCAGACACCGACUCAGACCGCGAGAUGGCCGAGCCAACCCAACCACCCGCCGCAGUCCUGCAGGCCGAAACGUCCAGAUCCUCCGUCUGGCUCGUCGACUCCUCCAACGACAGCGACUCCGAACGCCUCGACAGCCUCACCAAACUCCCCACCCGCCCAAUCUUCACCCAAAGCGUCUCCUCCGGCUCAAAACGCAGCAACAGCACCCGCUCCCUGCAACGCCCAGGCACGGGAUCAAGCACCAUCCUCAACAUCCUCCCCACCUGGGCAAAAGUCUACUACCUCCGCGAACCAAUGGGUCUCAACUCAACUCUCUCCAUGAUAGACGGCACCUCAAACUCAAGCGUCUUCAAUCUCGUCCCCGGCCCUCUAAACGUCCCCCGUCCCCACUCCCCAGAACGUCCCCCCUCCCCCGAACGUCCACGAACCCAGCAACGCCGUCUGGAAAGCGACCCGCGGGAUCCACGCGCACACUGGGUCCCAUCCCCCCAGCCGGACGACGGCGCCUUCACAUCCCAUCUACACCGUCUACACCACAGCUGGUCCCCGCACCUGAUGCCAGAUAGACGGACACUCCCGCACUCGGGCAGUCGCUGGCGUGCGCCAUCCCUGGACUCGCGAAAUGAACCUUUCUUCGGACGGAGAAAUAUCCAGGUCUACUCCUUCUGCUUUGGGUUUAUUUUCCCUCUUGCCUGGCUGGUGGCGGGAUUCCUGCCGCUGCCGCCGAAGCCGAAGCAGAAGAUGAUGGAGUAUGAGUCUGUUUCGGAUGUGGGCGUAGCGCUUGAGGCGCAGUGCGUGGAUUUCCAGUUGCGGAGGUAUGAGAAUGCGCGUUGGUGGAGGAAUCUUAAUCGGUGGAUGAUUUCUUUUGGGGUUGUCGUUGUCGUUGUUAUUAUUACGCUGGCUGUUAUUGGGACUACUACCGGGUUCUAG